AUGCUACGGAUAACCAGAGAAAUUAAUUUCUUUUAUGCAAACACCUGCCUUGAAUCUAUAUUUUCAUUUGCUUUCUCUCCUAUAGUUAUGAGGUUUUCAUGCGGAAACGUAAUAGGAGAGCUUUUGACUAGCCUCUUACAUAACCACUCUCUUGUGCAUCGUUUCCUUCUUUCUAUCUCUCUUAUUUAUCUAUGUCAGUCUGUUCAUAUCUAUCUAUCUAUCUAUCCAUCUAUCUCUAUCUCUCUGCCUCCUGUUCAUAUCUCUCUCUCUCUAUAUAUAUAUAUAUAUACGUAUAUCCUUCUGUUCAUAUCUAUCUAUCUAUCUAUCUAUCUAUCUAUAUAUAUAUCUAUCUAUUUAAUUAUGGCUUCAUCUGUCUCAGUUAUGCGUGGAGCUGUUUCUGUAAGAGGCACGACACGAAUGGAACAGACACAAACAACUGAAAGACAUACCGAUGAAGAGGAAUCUGUAAGAGAUCCUGAUGAGGAAAAAUUUCACAUUCCUGAUGGGGGUUGGGGUUGGGUCGUUUGCUUUGCUGGAUUCAUGGUUAAUUUUAUUUGUCACGGACUGGUUUCCUCACAUGGUAUUAUUGCCCUCGGAUUGACUGAAUAUUUUGAAGAUACCCUGUCGAAAACAACCAUGGCCGUCUCUAUUUUCAAUGGGGUCGGCUUGUGUGUUGGAUCUUAUUUUAAAAAGAAACGAACAUUGGCUGUGGGAAUUGCUAGUAGUGGAUGUGGAAUCGGUGGAUUUGCGCUUAAUUAUUUGUUGGAACAAAGUAUUUCCUUUUAUGGCAUGAGGGGAACAUUUCUUAUAAUAAGCGGAUUAAUUUUGAAUAUUGUUGCAUGUGGUGCGUUAUGUCGACCACUUAAAAAGAUGAAAGAAACAACGCUACAAUCUGUGCAAACAGAAACGAAUUUAGGAUUAGAACCAGACGGAGAUACGACUAAAAAAGAAGAAGGGACAAAUACCAACAAUUCUGGCGAUUCUGUACAUCCAGAGCAUUCGUCAAAAUGA